AGUGUUGAAAGGUGUUAGUUUGGUGAGUGGUUUAACUUGAGCUUGGGGAGGUGUAACUUGGUGCAGACGACGUGACAAACGUUAAAUUAGCAGUUUUUUGAAGGGAGUUUGGAACGUGGGUCCUUAAAGGAACGCGCCGCACUUGACGAGUGAAAUGAGAUCCAACCCGUUCUCCGGCGGUCACACCUCGGACUGCCUCAACCUGCUCCCCGAGAACGAGCAGCCAGUGCCCGGAGAGGACACGGCUCAUCGGCUCAUUUCACAAAAACAGCACCGGGACGUCUCACUUGUGCUGGUUUCGUCGUUGGAGGAGAAUGCGCGGCGUGCGUAAUGUUUAAUGUCCAAGGUCGGAAAUACGCCCCUGUUGGCUCCAGCGCCGCGGACGGCUCUCCGUUAACUGUGCAGGUGGUUCAUAUCAACAAAGCUCCGGGCACACUGGAGGAGGCGACGUGGCCGCCGAAGGACGCCAGGAUGCGGAUCUCCAAAGCCAACAACCAGCUGGUGGUGAGAGCCGCGCGGCGACACACGUCUCCGCAGCAGACCAGCCUGGAGAGCCUGGAGGCGGCUUGGAGCGAGAGGGCGCAGCCGGAGGAGAAGCCGCGGGCACAAGCUGCUGGAAACGGGCUGGAGGAGGCUGCGGGAGGAGGAGGAGGAGGAGGAGGAAGUGGAGGAGGGCCACACCGGAGCAGGAAGAAGGGGUUCAAACCCCCCGAUGUGAGGACCAUCUUCUCGGAGAAGGACCCCAGGGUGAAGCAGGAGUCCGGGGAGGGACACCACUUCGAGCCCUGCGCGGAGCCCACCUGGUGCGAUGCGUGCUGCUGCUACAUCUUCGAGCAUGGGCUCAUCUGUACAGGUUGUAAGUACACGUGUCACACUGCAUGUCGGGAAAAAGUGACGCUCGACUGUCACCCUGCAUCUUCGCCCGUCACUCAGGACCAGCUCAAUAACAACACGCCGCCUCCUGAUGUGGAGAAGGAGAGGGAGUUGCGGACGGAGUUCAGCAGGGACGAGAUCAGGCUGAAGAUCGACCAGUACAACUCGCUGACCAAGGACCACCUUAAGAUGACACUGGGUGCGUCUGGUGUUUACACUGGUUUCAUCAAGGUCCAGAUGGAUCUGAGGAGGCCGAUGACGGUGAAAGCGGCAGGAGGAGCCGUGGUGGGGGAGGCCUUUUAUUUGCCCCCAGGAGUCACCAAGACCCUCCACAUCAGCUCCAAUAACACCGUCAAGCAGGUGAUCGUCGCUCUGCUCAACAAGUUCACGGUGGCAGACAACCCGGCUAAAUACGCCCUGUACAAGCGCUACCACCGGGAGGAGCAGGUGUAUGUGUGUAAACUGGCGGAUGGAGAGCAGCCGCUGUUUCUCCGUCUCGUGGCCGGACCGAACACCGACACACUCAGCUUCGUCCUGAAAGAACAACAGAACGGAGAAGUCAUGUGGGACGCCUUUUCCAUCCCAGAGCUCCGUAACUUCCUGCGGAUCCUCGACAAGGAGGAGGAUGAGCAGAGGGAGGCGGUGGUCCGACGCUACGACGCCUACAGGCAAAGACUGGAGGAGGCGCUGAAGGAGGUCCGGGCGGCGUCUUAGAGGAUUUAACCUGGAUGGACGAUGGAGGAUAAAGUAGUUUUUUCUUUUUUUUCUUUUCAUCUCCUCUGAGGAUAAAAAAAACUGAUUUUGAUGGAGAAGAAGAAGAAGAAGAAGAAGAAGCUCCUGGAGGACGAUACUGAUGGAGGGAUGUAGAAACUGAGACUAAAAAUGAACUCGGACACCAAAGAGACUCAACUUGUGCCAUUCAUCCUCCAUCCAUCCGUCUCUUCUUCUCCUCCUCUCUCUUCCUUCGUCCUGCUGUCACAUAAUUUAUGCAGUCUUUUUUUUGUUACCCUUUAAACUUGUGAAAAGACUCGAUGUUUUAUUUAAUUUGUUUUAAAGGUCUGUACAUAUUUUUUCUUUCCCCCUCUCCUCUUAAUUUAUAUGGUUGAAGCGUUUUAUUUUAUUUUUUUUUGUUUUUUUUUUCAACAAAGUCUUAUUUUAGUUUUAUUCUACAGAGGGUUGGAGCAACAAUAUCUGGUGUCGGACACAGAUUUAUUUAAAAGUUUAUCAGCGUUAAAUCUCAAAAGCUGCAGCGGAACGUUAGCAUGAGAAUAAUAAUCGUUUAGUCGUCAGUGUAUUUUGCUUAAAUUAGCCUGAAAGCUGAGGAAAGGCUAAAUGUACGGAGUCUCAAAUGUGCCAAAUGAAAGUUUGUUUUAUUUUGUAAUUAAUUGCAAUCAAAAUACGCACAUAUAUUUUAAUUUUUUAUAGUUUUACUGUAAUAUUAUGAAUAAAACAAAUUAUGAAAAAUGUUCUUCACAUAAACAAGAACCUAUAACGUAAUAAUGUAGAAUAUACAAAAAUUAAAAUAGGUUUUAAAAAAACUUAAUAUUUACUUUUUUAUCCUUUUUGUUUGAAUUCAUAUCAGUUAGUGCAUAUAUUUGUUUAAUUUUGUUUGGCACAUUUUGGACUCCAUACAACAAACACAGCUUCAUUUAAAAGUCUAUCAGCCUAAAUGUCAAAAGCUGCAGCGGAACGAUAUUGUGAGUAUAAUAAUCCUUUUAUCAUCGAUGCGUUUUGCCUAAAUUAGCCUUAAAGCUGAGGAAAGACUAAAAGUAUGGAGUCUGACAUGUGCCAGAUAAAAGUUUUAUAUUAUGAAUAAAAAAAAUAUACAAAAAAAAAGAUUCUUUGUGUAAAAAAACAAGAAUCUAUAUUAUAAUAAUGUAGAAUAUAGAUUUUUUUUUAUUGUUUUUGUUUGAAUUCAUAUCAUUUAGUGCAUAUAUUUAGUCUUUUGGCACAUUUUGGACUCCAUACUUAUUGGCAAAACUGAAAGUUAUUGUGGAAGGUACAUGGAAAUAAAGGAAAAUGAAAAAAGAAAUAAAUCAAAUUAGUGAGGGCAGAAGGUGUUUGUUUUAAAAAGGACUGAGGUUGAUGAUGAUGAGUUGGUGAAAUUUGAAGCCUUUUGUUUGUGGAGUUUUAGUGAAACUUGAACUCGGACAAGGAGGCAGGAUUUGAUGAGACUGGUUUCUGGAAGUCGACUGUGUGGUUCAGAGAAAGUAGAAUAGAAAUGUUUGAAUUCAGGAAGGAAGUUGAAUUGAAUAAUAGAGAGAGGAAGAAAAUACACGGGAAAAUAUUGUCCUACGAGGCCUCGAGGACAAAAAGCUGGAUUAUUUUUCCUGGCUGUGAUGAACUGCUGAGAUAAAAAAAAAUAAAAAGGAGGAGGAGGUCUGCGUAAGAGCUGAUAGCUGCAGAGAAGAACAGCAGGAAAAAUGGCUGUAUUGUCUCUUAUCUCGAGUUAAAAUGUUGAACGCAGCCUCGACCUCCUGGCGUUUCAUUUUCAGGCGCAUGAAAGGAGAAAUGAGAGAAAGUAAAGGAUGGAAAAAAGGAAAACUAGCAAGAGAUGCAUCAGGAAGUGUUAGAAAAGUUUAUUCUUAGACUAAAUAUGCAAAUGUGUGGCAAGUGUGUUAAAGGAAAGUUGUUUGUGAAAGAGUCUUUCGAAGAUGAUUAUGGCUUUUAAAUAGUUUUAAGGCUCAGACUUAAUAUGCAAAUAUCUUCUUUGGUUUGUUUAAUUUGACAUUUAAAGACCAAAGAUGCGUCUUUCAGUGUAGAAAGUUUAUUUUUCUUCUCUAAUAAAUUAAGACAAUCAUGUAGUAAAUACACCAAAUGAAAAUCCAGACUCAUCGCAACGUCGCCAUCUAGUGGUCGGACGAUUAUUCUCGCGCUUCUGUGUCAAACACUCUCGUAGAUUUAUUUGAAUAACCAAAGAUAUUUUUGUGGUGUUGCCUGGAGCAAAAUAUAUUUUGGAGGAAGUUUCUUCCCAACAUACAGUAUAUGAAUGAAUAUAAAUAUAUAUAAAUAUAGUCUAGAGUUUUAUUUAAAGGGGUUUUAACCCUGAAUUAUUCUACUAUCAGACACUGGGUUGAUUCUAUGGAGGCAAGAAAGUGCCUUUUAAAUUUGAAUGUGUUUAAAAGCAGAUUUAUUGUUUGGAUUAUUUCAGAGAAGUAGACAAAAUUAUAAAGUAUAUGUUAGUAUAAUAUAGUAUGAAAAGAAAGUAGUAAUGGUUUAAAUGGAAAAUACUACACAGUGGCAUCAUGGGAAGUGUAGUAUCUGGUGUAUUUUGGUUAAGUUGCAGCAGCUUUGCAAAAUUUAAACAUCAGACUUCAACAAUUAGCGAAGCUAUAUAUGCACAUUUAUACAAAUUGUCAGUUCUUAUUAAAUGGAAUUUGAAUUUUUUUUGCCUUUUCUUGCCUCCAUAUUUUCUCAUUUAAAGUGAUGCAAAAGUCUGCAUGGAAACAGUUGAUCUUAAAGAUGUGUUGUAGUUAUUUUAAGUUCAUUUUAUUUUUAUUGUUUUAGGGGCACUUUAACUUCUGGAUUCAGGGAAGACUGGUUUUUAAUUUUAAUAAUUUUUUUUUCUUUCUCCUGUUUUAUCUGCACCGCCAUCACACUCUGUACUUUUAUCUUUACGUCUGAUACACUAUAUUUGUGAAGCUCCACUCAUUUUCUGUUGUUUGAAGAUUUCAACUUCAGUUUCUUUUUCUUUUUUUUUUUAUUUUGUUUUUUUGUUCUCAACGUGCUUCCGUAUGAGUUAGCUGUGAAAUGCUUUGUGCAUGUUAACCUGAUACAUGCUUGUAGUGAGGGUUGAAGCAUGCAUUGUUGUACAUAAAACAAGUUGGACGUCAUUUAAAAAAAAUCAUUUUUGGUGACGAGAUGAAAACGGUAAUUUUUUUUGUUUUUUUUUGUUUUUUAUUUUGGUCCAUUGAUCUAAAAGCUUUGAAAAGAGUUGAUAUAGUUGAUAUGAUACCUUGUAUGUAUUCAGAAAUGCUUCUUUUAAGGCUGUUCAGUCUUAAUUUGAGUCUUAUAGUGUGAAAACCAUUGGAUCUGACAAUAACUCUUAAUCUUAGAUGCAAAAGUUUUAAACAGUCAUUGUUAUCUAAUGGUUUUCUGUCAUUUUACACCAUUUUGAGUUCAUUUUUUGAGAAGUAAAUUGGUCGAGUGAUGGAAAUUGACUACAGACUACUGCCACCUGCUGGUUUGGAGGGUUAUGUCCUUUUUUUCUUAACUGAGGUGCGUUCAAGUGCAGGUGUUGCUUUGUUGUGUCUGCGCUUCAUUUGCAGAACUUUAAAUCAGCGUAAUAACAGAUGCAGAAUUAAAUGGUUUAAAAUGACAGUCUGAAUUACAUACUAUAUAUAUAUAUAUAUUUACCUAAGCUAUCCAAGUUAACUUUAAACCGAACAAAAGAGUUUUUAGUCAUGAUCCUGUCGACACAUCUAAAUCUAGAAAGUUGCUCCUUGUUUUGGUCUCUUUUUAAUCCAUGUUUGCGUAAAUGUUUACUAGAUGGACUCUAGUUUUUUGUUGUGUGUUUAAUGCCAAAUCAUGUGCAGGUGACGUUAGCAUGUUUUUCCAUCGAUGCUGGACUGACUGUAGAGAAGCUUUGUGCGUCGUCAAAGAUAAUUUCAGACCUGAGCUGCUUAGUUAAGAGUUAUUUCAGUCAGUCCACUCCUCAUUAAAGUCACUAGAAGCCAUAUUUAUUGACAUGUUUGAAUUGAAGUUUGAGCUGGCAGUGCCUUUUUUAAAGUCCGACAAAACCAACCUGAACGUUUUAAUCAGAUCAGGACAGUUAACGGGAGGGGAGUUUAUUUUUGUAGGUGUCUUAUUUGAUUUCUCUUUGAAUCGUUACCAAAUGUGGCCUUUCCUCGAGCAAGGCAGGCUUCAUCAAAUAAAGGUGGAAUUAAAAAGAAAAAAAAAA